GCAAGGCAACGACCAAGGAGAGGAGAAGAGAGAGGAACAAGAACAGGACAAGGGAGACUUUCAAAGUUCUCUCAGCUCAGACCUUGUGUGCUUAUCACUUCCUCGCUCGUUCUCUCUGCAAGUUUAAAAUGCAGCUCGUGGCUGGCCUCGUGCUCCUAUCGGCAGCAUCAUGCGCUGCUUUCAGUCCUGUUGCCCCUUUGAGGGUUGUUGGAUCGUCUGCUGCUAGGUUGAAUGUUUCACCGGCAAGGUUUGCUACCCGGCCUAUCUUGGCCAACGUCCGAAUGGACAUGGAAAUUCCUAAGUCUCUCCCCAUCGAGCCCAAGACCAAGGAGGACAGGAAGGGCAAGCCCUCGGAGACGAGGGUUGUCGUCCUCGGUCUCAGCCACAAGACAGCUACCGUCGAGGUCCGCGAGAAGUUGGCCGUGCAGGAGCACAACUGGCAGAGCGUCGGUCGCGCCAUCGCCGCGCUCCCGUCGCUCAAGGAGGCUGCCGUCCUCUCCACGUGCAACCGCUUCGAGAUCUACUUUGUCACCAACGACGUGCACGCCGGGAUCAGGGAGGUGACGGAGUACCUGAGCACGACCCGCGGGGUGUCGAUGAAGGAGCUGAGGAGCUCGCUCUUCAUGCUCAGCGAGGACGACGCGGUGUGGCAUGCGCUGCGGGUGGCGGGAGGGCUGGACUCCCUGGUGAUCGGGGAGGGGCAGAUCCUGUCGCAGAUGAAGCGGUGCUACGAGAUCGCGACGGAGAAGCAGGGAGCGGCGGGGAAGGUGCUGACGCGCAUGCUCAACACGGCGGUGUCGGCAGGAAAGCGGGUGAGGUCGGAGACGGGGAUCGCGCGAGGAGGAGUGUCGAUCUCGUCUGCGGCGGUGGAGCUGGUGGAGAAGAACUGCCUGCAGGACCUGGACCUUGACAUGGACCAGCUGGACAUCUGUAUCCUCGGGGCCGGGAAGAUGGCGAGGCUGCUGGUGCAGCACCUGCUGCCCCGCAACGUGAAGAGCAUCACCAUCGUGAACCGAUCGCAGCAGGGGGCGGACAACCUGGCGUCGAUGUUCCCGGAUGCGAACAUCAAGACGGCGCUCAUGGACUCGAUGCUGGAGAUGGUCGGGACGUCGCACGUGACGUUCGCGUGCACGGGGGCGAUGGAGCCGAUCCUGUACCAGGAGAACCUCGAGGGCGCGAUGCAGCGAGGCGCGAUGCUGGUGGACAUCAGCGUGCCGAGGAACAUCGACGACGUCGGGGCGAACAAGGUCGAGGGCGUGAAGGCGUACAACGUGGACGAUCUCAAGGCCGUGGUUGCGGCGAACCAGGCGAGGAGGCAGCGGCUGGUGCUGGAGGCGGAGGAGCUGCUGCAGGAUGAGAUGAAGUCGUUCAAGGGUUGGCAUCAGUCCCUUGGAACCGUGCCAAUGAUUACCAAACUUCAGAGCCGCGCCAACAAGAUCCGCCGCGAGGAGCUUCUCAAGUACGAGCGGAAGCUGUCGGGGCUGAGCGCGCAGGAGCGAGAGACGGUGGAGAGGCUGACCAAGGGGAUCGUGGCGAAGCUGCUGCACGGCCCCAUGUCGCACUUGAGGACAGUUGAUGACGUUUCGGACAGGCAGUCGACUGUAAAGAGCCUGGAGGCAAUGUUCCGCCUCUAGAGCUCUUAGCUUGUCUGAGCGUGUAAUUUUGUAGUCCUCACAUGGUCUCCAUUGAUUUUUUUGAAGUUGUAAAUUAUUGUUGGCGUC